CGCUCCAGUUUUCCUGCAGAACAAGGCCAAGCGGGAGAAUUUCUGUCCCCGGAACCUGAAGCAGAUGCACAUGGUUAUCGAUAAAAUCAUGAUGCACUCGCACCUGAAAUACAAGGGCACGCUCUCCAUGCUGGAGUGUAACAUCUUCCCUGGCCUGCCCUACGACUACCUGGACACGGAGGUGAAUCUCUUCCUUCUGCCAUUCGCGGACAGUGACGCCGACGACACUUUCCCCAGAGCAGCUCCUGGGGGUGGCCCCCUCUUCUCCCUGCUGCCCGGGUACAAGGGGCACCCCAGCUUCCAGUCGCUCAUGGCCAAGCUACGCAGCCAGAUCAUGUCUAUGGCGCGGCCCCAGCUCUCCCACACCAUCCUGACGGAGAAGAACUGGUUCCACUACGCGGCCCGGAUCUGGGACGGGGUGAAGAAAUCCUCGGCACUCUCGGAGUACAGCCGCCUGCUGGCCUGAGCGACUGCCGCCUACAGAGCCGCGGCGCUGGGGGGCCGCACCGGGGCCCCCACCCUCUGCCUCCUGGGGCACAAGGGGCCUGCUGGGCAGCCCAGGAGGUGCUGUUUGGUCGCUGGCUCCAGGCGGGGAGCGGGAGAGCCCGGGCAGGAUGCCCCUCCUGGGCCACCAUCCCACUCCCAGAGGGCACCCGGGGCAGAGCCGCCCUGACCACCCCGCCCCCGAGCCAUCGGAGCUCUCCCAGCCAGACAGGGGUACUGGGGGGCGGGGAGUGUGCCCUCGCCACUCCCAGCCUGCCCGGGGCUGAGAAUGCACCCUCUGCAAUGCCACGGGGCACGAUCGGGGCAGGGAUGAACCAUAGGGCAGGGCCAUAGUCCUGAACCAGUGCCCCAUGGAGCUGAGCCCUUCAUCUCCUCUUCCCCCGCUUCCUUUCUUCCUCCCCCCCUUCAUCUCUCCUCGCCCCCUUCCACCCUUC